UCUCAGCCAAUAGAAAAGUUGCUCUGGAACGGGACGCUCCGGCGGGCGGGCUGUGCGGGGCGAUGCGGUUCUGGUCCAGGUGUUGCCUGAAGACGAUGUUCUGAUGAAAUUACCUCAUCCCGUCUCAAAGUUCAUGUCCUGUUCCUGUCUCUGUCCAUCCACUGAACUCACGUUAGCACAGUGAGUCUGCCGGCCAUCAUGGCUCCCACUGCUGCAUUGCUGCUGCUGGUUAUCUCCUCCUCUGUGUCCCUCACAGUGGCAGUCUUGUUUGGUGAACCCAGGAUUUUUGGAGAGGAUGCCACUGGUUAUGGGCCCAUUUUUGAAGAGGAGCCUGUCGAUGUCGUCUACAUGGAAGAUUCCCCAGAGAAGAGGAUUUCCAUGAACUGCAGGGCGCGUGCAAACCCACCAGCUUCAUACAGGUGGCGUCGGGACAACUGGGAGAUCAAGUUGAUGGAGCAGCCGGAUGAGCACUACAGCCUGGUUGGAGGGAACCUGGUGAUCACCAAUCCUAUCCAGAAGAAACAUGCCGGGACGUACAUGUGCGUGGCCAAGAACCUCUACGGGACCGUCAUCAGCAAAGAGGCCAGGGUGAAGUUUGGAUUUGUAGAGGAGUUUCCUGAUGAAGAGAGAGACCCAGUCUAUGUGAAAGAAGGACAGGGAGCAGUUCUUCUGUGUGCCCCUCCAAAAGCCUGGCCACAGGAGGUGACCUACCGUUGGAUCUACAACGAGUUCCCAGUUUUCCUGAACACGGACCGCCGUCGGUUUGUCUCCCAGAAGAACGGGAACCUCUACAUCUCCAAGGUGGAAGCUCAGGACGCAGGAAACUACUCCUGCUUUGUUUCCAGUCCCGUCAUAGGGAAGAGCGUCUACUCCAAGUUCAUCCCUCUCAUCCCCUUACCUCCCGAUGAUGGCGAGGAGAGAAAAUAUCCAGCAGACAUAAGAGUGAAGUUUCCAGACACGACUGCCCUGCUGGCCUCCAAUAUCACCUUGGAGUGCUUUGCUCUUGGAAAUCCCAUCCCUCACAUUGUGUGGAGGAAGGUCGACGCCACAGACCUUCCGCCAAAUCAUGAGAUCAGUGAAUCUGGAGCCGUGCUUCAUUUGUACAACAUACAAUAUGAAGAUGUGGGAGGCUACGACUGCGAAGCCAUCAACACUAAAGGAAAGGACUGGCAUAAGGCCUGGCUGUAUGUGGAGUCUGCUCCAGAGUGGGCGGAGACCAUCAAUAACACUCAGGUGGACAUCGGUUCAGAGCACACCAUGCGCUGCGUGGCAUCAGGGAAACCCUACCCUUUCAUUCGCUGGUACAAAGAUGGAUACAUGUAUGGCAAAGGUGAGCUCAAGUUUUCCAGUCUCACUUUUGACGACUCGGGGAUGUACCAGUGUAUCGCAGAGAAUUACUGGGGCAUUAAAUACGCCAACGCUGAGCUGCGAGUCAUUGCCUGCGCUCCAACGUUUGAGUUCAAUCCCGUAAAGAAGAAGCUUCUCGGAGCUGAAAACGGACGCGUGUUGAUUGAGUGUAAACCGAGAGCAGCUCCAAGACCUCAAUUCACCUGGACCAAGGGCAAAGAGCUCCUCUUUAACAGCACACGCAUUACCAUCAUGUAUGAUGGGACGCUGGAGAUCCACAAUGCCACAAAAAACGACGAGGGCCACUACACUUGCUUUGCCGUGAAUGACAGAGGAAAAGCCAACAGCUCCGGGGACCUCACCAUCACAGAGGCUACCAUCAUUACAGUGGCCCCUGAAGACAGUGAGGUCAGGGUUGGGGAUGAGGUGAUUCUCAACUGCGCUGCCUCGUUUGACCCCAUGCUGGACAUCACAUUUAUCUGGACAAUAGACUACAGAAUCAUCGACUUUAACACUGAGUGGCAGAACUAUGAACGUGUUAUGAGCGAAGACGGAGUUGGUGACCUGAAAAUAAUAAACACUCAGAUUUGGCAAGAAGGUCGCUACACCUGCACGGCUCAGACCGUGGUGGACCAAGACACCGCGUACGCCGACCUCAAAGUUGUAGGUGUCCCGGGGCCUCCUGGUGUGAUCCGUGUGGAAGAGAUCGGGGACACGUGGGUGAAGCUGCAGUGGAGCAAAGCAGCUGAGCAUAACAGCCCAAUCCUGUACUACACCGUCCAGACCAGGCACUUCUGGGCUCUGAACGAAGACGACUGGAGGGACGCCAGCACCUCUCCAACUGUUCUUGAUGGAAGUGUGGAGAAGGCCGACGUAACAGACUUGUACCCUUGGAUGGAGUACCAGUUCAGGAUCAUUGCGACCAACGAGUAUGGAUCUGGAGAGGCCAGUAUCCCCUCCCUCAAGAUCAAAACCUGGGACGCCCCUCCAGUCGUUUCUCCCACCGAUGUGGCAGGAUACGGCGGUAGAAAUGGCGAGAUUGUUAUCACUUGGACUCCUGUGGAGCCGUGGUUUUUCUAUGGCAAGAAAUUUGGCUACAUCGUGGCAUUCAAGCCUCACGAUGCGUACGACUGGUGGUACGAGACCAUCUCGGAUCCUGAGACGCGACGAUACGUUCACAGAGAUUCCUACUUUAUUCCUACUGAGGAGGACUUCCAGGUGCGAGAGUUUCAGGUGAAGAUCAAGUCUUUUAAUGUGAAAGGCGACGGACCCUACAGCCUCACCCAAGUCAUCUACUACCCAAGAGAUGUACCCGUAGAAAUGCCAACAGACGUGUACGCGCGGCCGGUGUCCUCCACCGAAGCGCUGGUCUGGUGGCUGCCGGUGGUCGAUACUGGAACAGGUCUACAGCAGUACAUCGAGGGAUAUCAGGUUAAAUACUGGAGGAAGUACGAUGAUCCAGAACCGGGAGCCCAUCGAAUAUUUGUCCCAGCAGCAGUGAAUCAGACCAGGCUGGAGAACAUGCUGCCAGACUCCCACUACCUCAUCGAGGUCCGUGCCUUUAACGGGGCUGGCCUUGGACCUCCGGGUGAACACUGCGAGAUGUUCACAAAGAGGGCGCCACCACCAGACCCACCCAGGAUGUGGCGCUACAUCAGCUGGACAGGACAAUGGUUGUAUGUGUGGUGGGAUCACAUCCAGUACGACUGGUUUGGCAAUAUCUCCUUCCCCCUGUACUACAAGGUCAUGUUCAGAAAGACGGGUUACAUCUACGGGAAGGUCUACGUCACUGGCUGGCACUUUAUGGACUUCCCCAUGCCUCAGGUUGGAGAUUAUGAAUUGAUGGUGCGUGGUCGUUAUGAAGGAGGAGAUGGGCCAGUCAGGAAGAUUAGGAUUCAGGGUAAAGCAUCCAUGACUACGCCCAGUCUAAGCCUCGGGUCAUUGUUGCUGCUGGUGCUGUGCAUUAUGGGAUGGCAAAUUUAACUUAACUUGUACAUACUUGACUCUGGGAAGCAAAUACAUGAAUUGAAUGGAAGAUCCAGUCCUCAAGAUCAGUCUUCACACUUAUAAUCACGGAUUAAAGGGUCCUACAUUAUACAUAUUUAUUGCAUUUCUUCUGUUGUUAGCCCACAUUGAAAACUGUUGCUACUGAAAAAUUCAAUUAGCUGUUAACUAUUACACUUUUAUAGACAACUUACGGGACCAGAAGGCCAGCAGGAUGAGUACAGGGAGCUGUGAAAAUGUGGUUUGUAUGUCUCCAAGGAAGAUGUAAAAGGUGAAUGAGCAGAGAUGAUUGGACGAUGUAAUUUAUGCACUUAUGUCCCCAAAUAAACACUGUUUAGAAAGAAAUGAAUACAUCUGAAAAUAUUAUUUUUUUGUUUUUUCUUACUACACUGUGCUAGGCCCAAUUCUUUUCCCUUUCCUUUAAUGUUAUUUUUGCAUAUAUUUAUAUUGAUCUGAUGUUGAAGUGA